AUAUAUAGAUGUGAAUCAAAUAUGCGAAGGAACAGUGAAACCUUAGUCAGGUCGGAGACGAAGUUCUUUCCUUUAACCCGGUGAAAGAUAUUGUAUUCUCGCUUUUCCCCUUCAUCAAGUAAUUCAAUUUUCCAGAACAGUCUCCUCUCUUCCUCUUCAUCUUCUUCCCCCACCACCUCAAAAUCCUCGAUUUACGGCCUCAACAGCCCAACAAGACCGAACCCACAAACCCUUUUGAGGAUGAUGCUCAGAAUUCGCUCCAGGGACGGCCUCGAACGGCUGAGAGUCGACGACCCCAAUGCCACGAUCGGCCACCUGAAAACCCUAAUCCAGUCCCAGCUCCGAAUCCCGAUUGCCCAUCAAACCCUCUCCAUGAAUCAGAACCUCCUGCUCGCCAAAACCCCCUCCGACCUCUCCAGCUUCACUGACAUGGCCGACCCCAGCAUCCCUCUCUCCGUCCUCAACAUCUCCCAUGGCUCCUUCGUCUAUGUCUACUAUGAUGGGAUCGAGCGGUCUGUCGCCGGCCCCGCCUUCCACCCGGCAGGCUCCUUCGGCCGGAAGAUGACUAUGGAUGACUUGAUCGCAAAGCAGAUGCGGGUCACCAGGCAGGAGAACCCUCACUGCGAGCUCGUGUCAUUCGAUCGGGACUGCGCCAAUAUGUUCCAGUACUACGUGAACGAGACCCUCGCUUUCGCGGUGAAGAGAGGGGGGUUCAUGUAUGGGACCGUGUCCGAGGUUGGGAAGGUCGAGGUGGACUUCAUCUACGAGCUGCCGCAGCAGGGGAGUGAGGAGAAUUUGGUGUUCUUCAGGGACCCGGAGGAGGAAAAGCUGGUGGAGGCGAUCGCCCUCGGGCUCGGGAUGAGGAGGGUAGGGUUUAUCUUCUCUCAGACGGUGAGUCAGGACAAGAAAGAUUACACCUUGUCGAACAGAGAACUCCUGCAGGCGGUCGAAUUUCAUGCUGAGAGUGGGCUGAAGGAGUGGGUGACGGCUGUUGUGAAGCUGGAGGUGAACGAGGAUGGUGCGGCCGACGUCCACUUCGAGGCCUUCCAGAUGAGCGAUGUGUGCGUUAGGCUGUGGAAGGAAGGGUGGUUCGAGACCGAGAUUGGCGAGGAGGGUGCAGACCCUAAGAUCUCAAGGAUGAAGAAGGAUGUGGUGGUUGGUGUAAAGGAUACUAGGGAGGUUGACAAUGAUUUCUUCUUGGUGGUUGUGAAGAUCUUCGACCAUCAGGGUCCACUCUCGACAGCCUUUCCCAUAGAGAACCGCAAUGUUCCGGUCACAACCAAGGCCCUGCAGAACCACCUUGACCGAACAAAGAACCUACCUUUUGUCAAGCGGAUUUCUGAUUUCCAUCUACUGCUGCUACUGGCGCGGUUCUUGGACAUCAAUGCUGAUGUCCCAGCUUUAGCAGCGUGUGUGAGCAAACAGGAACCCGUUCCCGAUGGCUACAAGCUACUAAUCGAGUCUGUGGCAAGCAGUUCUUGAGAUGUUCCGGUUGCACGUGAGAUCAGUGAAAGGAAGACCAUGGUCUCGAUUCAAUAGGUCAGUUGAAGUAUAAUAUCUAUUUGCCCUUUUAUCUGACGACUGUCAUGACCCGGAUGCGAGAGGGAGAGAUUUAUAAAGUUGUCCUCGGAGAGUUGUUUUAAGUCACUGAAUAGGGCUCACAGGCUAUGGAUGUUUCCUCUACUUGUAUACACAGUACAGAUCCUGCAUGGGAAUAAUUAGCUCGUUCUCGUUUCUUAACUGAAUUCAAGUGAAGCUUUGAGAUUAUUUGCUUCUUUA